AUGUCUGACGCCGAAUACAAAGAAGCCUUUGCGCUGUUCGACAAAAAGGGCACGGGCACCAUCUCGCGCGAAUCGCUGGGCGACCUCCUGCGCGCCCUGGGCCAGAACCCGACCCAAGCCGAAGUCGCCGACCUGGCCAACGCAGCGCCCAAGGAGAUCGACUACCAGUCGUUCCUUAACAUCCUCAACCGCCCCAAUGGCUUCAAGCCCGCAGGCACACCGGAAGAGUUCAUCCGCGGCUUCCAGGUAUUCGACAAGGACGGCAACGGCUUCAUCGGUGCCGGUGAACUGCGAUACGUUCUGACCAGCUUGGGCGAGAAGCUGAGCGACGACGAGAUGGACGAGCUGCUCAAAGGCGUCCAGGUCCACCCCGACGGCAACAUCCACUACGAGUCGUUCGUCCGCCAGAUCCUCAGCCAGUAG